AUGGCACAUCAUCCAGAAUUCACUCAUCUUGAAGCUUCAAGACCAUCUUUCGAGGCUGAAAAAACUUGGAAAUACACGCAAGUACCAGACAUUCAUUGGAAAGUUGGAUCCGGGGCAAAUAAUGACGAGUGGAAAGAACAUAAAAAAAUCGAAUUGGACCCUUACGGAGAAGGCAGACCUGCUGCUCUUAACUACAAGACCUUGAUUAGUGCCGUCACUCCCAGACCAAUUGGAUUUGUCUCCACAGUAUCUAAAGAUGGAAAACGCAAUCUCGCGCCAUUUUCAUACUUUAGUGUGGCUAACCAUGAUCCACCAAUUUUCACUUUGGGAUUUGCAGCCAGUGGAGACUUGAAGAAGGAUUCUUGCAGAAAUAUCUUGGAGACUGGGGAAUUGACCAUCAACAUUAUUAGUGAAUGGUUUGUUGAAGCUGCUAAUUAUUGUGCUAUCAACAGUCCACCUGGGGUUGAUGAAUGGAAGUUAUCUGGUUUAACUCCAGCCGAAUCCAAGUUGGUGAAACCACCACAUGUCGCUGAAUCGGCGUUCUCAAUUGAGGCUAAGCUCGUUGCUCACCACGAUUGGAAAUCGAAAACCGAUCCAACUAAAACCACUGGUAUUUUGGUCAUUGCUGAGGGUUUGACUUUCCAUGUUAGAGAGGAUCUCCUCAAUGAGGAUAAAUCUCAGUUGGAUAUUGCCAAGUUGAAACCGGUUAGUAGGUUGGGGGGUAUCACUUAUGGCAGAACCAUUGAGGGGUAUGAGAAGCCAAGACCCAAUUAUGAGACUGAAAUUGAGAAACCGGAGGUGAAGAAGUUGUUGGAAUGA